AAUUAUUUUUCUCUUGCUGUACUACAAAGAGAUAGAAUCAAACUGCUUUUUUUCGACAUACUGGUUUUUCUUUCUCUUUUUCUUCUCUUCUAUUUCUUGUGGAUAUUAUGGCUAAUAACACAACAAGUUUAGGGAGUCCAUGGCCAGAAAACUUUUGGGAGGACCUUAUCAUGUCCUUCACCGUAUCCAUGGCAAUCGGGCUGAUACUUGGAGGAUUUAUUUGGGCUGUGUUCAUUUGUCUGUCUCGAAGAAGAAGAGCCAGUGCUCCCAUCUCACAGUGGAGUUCAAGCAGGAGAUCUAGGUCUUCUUACACCCACGGCCUCAACAGAACUGGAUUUUACCGCCACAGUGGCUGUGAACGUCGAAGCAACCUCAGCCUGGCCAGUCUCACUUUCCAGCGACAAGCUUCCCUGGAACAAGCAAAUUCCUUUCCAAGAAAAUCAAGUUUCAGAGCUUCUACUUUCCAUCCCUUUCUGCAAUGUCCACCACUUCCUGUGGAAACUGAGAGUCAGCUGGUGACUCUCCCUUCUUCCAAUAUCUCUCCCACCAUCAGCACUUCCCACAGUCUGAGCCGUCCUGAUUACUGGUCCAGUAACAGUCUUCGAGUGGGCCUUUCAACACCGCCCCCACCUGCCUAUGAGUCCAUCAUCAAGGCGUUCCCAGAUUCCUGAACAGGGUCUUCGUCCAUCGCCCAGGCUGGAUUUGCAGUAGAAUGAUCAGGACUCACUGCAGCCUCUAUCUCCCAGGCUCAAGUAAUCCUCCCAUCUUAGUGCCCCAAGUAGCUGGGACUACAGGGGUGCACUACCAUGCCCGGCUAAUUUUUUUGAAUUUUAGUAGAGAUGAAGUCUCACUGUGUUGCCCAGGCUCAUCUCAAACUCCUAAACUCAAAUGAUCCUCCUGCCUUGGCCUCCCAAAGUGCUAGAAUUAUAGGCAUGAGCCACCAUGCCUGGCCAAUCUUGGAUUUUUAACGGAAUAUGUGGGCACAAAAUGACAGAACAUAGGACAUUCUAAAGUUCCUUGAUUUUAUCAUUAUGAGAAGUGUGGGACUCAAGCACAGGAAACUGAACUCUUUUGGUGUCUUUGGAUGUUUCAUUUUUGACACUAAUUUUUUCUGGACAAAUUCUUUAUGUGUUUUUCCCAAGAAUAGUUAUCUACUUCCUUGAGGCAAAAUCCUUGGAUGUACUAACACGAUGAUUUACCUUUUCUUCACUGUUGUCGUUACGUUGUUGGAAAAGCAACAGGAAAAAAUCUAAUUCAUUUGGCCUAAAAACAAGCCUCAAGUUUAAAACCAAGCUCACAUUUUUCUUAAGGGAAAAAUUUUCUUUCUUAAACUUACAUCUAGCAACUUGGAAAGCACUUUCUCUGGGGAUCUUCUUUUGUAACUUCACAGACAAAUAAGGAUGAGUCACUGGGGAGAGUUUGUUAUUGAAAUAGAUGUUGCCCAUGAAGAAUUCUCCUUCCUGGAUUGACUCUUAAUCAUCAGGCAUCAUUCCUGGUUUGCUUCUCUACGAAUCUCAAUUCCAACUUCUCUGCAGAGUCUUUGUACAGUGAUUAAGCCCUGCCAGAUGGUCUUUGGUGCACACAGUUAUUUAAGAAUCCACUUCCACAGGUGGCUGCCCUUGUAAGGAAGAAUGCAUCCCUAAAUGUGGGCACCAGAGAGCUCCAGUGGGCAGAUGUCUGUGGCUGCCCUUCUCAUUUAAGGACAUGAGUUCACUGGAGUAUUACUCAAAAAGUGUGUGGUUCAUUUCCAGUAUUGUGAAUAUUUAGUUUAUGUGGUCGUUUCUUUGUUUCUUUGAACACUGGGAUUUUCAGUGAAAAAGUACCCUCGUUUUCAUUUCCUAUUGCAGUGGUCACAGCUAAUAGUGUCUGAACAUGGUUCAAGAAUAAGAGAUUCUAUGUAGCAUUUACUUUAUUAUUUUCAUUUCCCUUAUAUUAUCCAUCAUUCCUUAAGGACCAUUAUUCUUAGUAAUGCUUGUAGAAAAUGUUCUCUAAUUAAACAUGCCAGAAGGAAAGAGUAAGGGAAAGAGGGAGCAAGAAGAAAAUUGAAGAAAAAGGGAAAAAAGCUAACUGGAUAACCAAUUUGUUAUAAGUUGGUUUUCAACAAAUAAAUUUAGCAGCCAAGUAAGAUUUCAAGGGAAUAUUAACUUGGUAUCAAGGCUUUUUUUUUUUUUUUUAACUUGCAUGUCAUCCUUAAUGUCUAACAUGAAAAAUCAGCAGAGUAUGGUUCUUAUCAAGAAUUUAUGUUUGGAGUAAAAACUGCUUUAUAUCUCCCAAAUUAGGAAGAGAAGAGCAGAAAUCCUCUGGGGCAUUUAACCAUCUGGCAGAAUUGUUGCUGCACCCUUAUCCCAGUUAUAAGACAGUCAAAAUGACUAUUUCCUAAAUAUUGUGAGUGUAUGAAAUGUGAAAUUAAAGCAAAAACUGGAGACUUU